AUGCACAAAAUGAACUUUCUGGCGGCUUGUUCAUAUAUCCCGGUGUUAUCGACAAGAGGUCCAAGCCGACGAUCUAAUGAGCAUCACAGUAGAGAAGACCACGGUUGCAUCGAAGAGAAGCUCACGAUGACAACAUCAGUUACGAUGAAGACACUGAAGACGACGGAGUUUGUGGUGAAGACCGCGGAAGCGGUCAUUUUUUCAGCGAGUUCAAGUCCCACGUCGGUAGUGACGUUGUGUCCAACCUCUCCGCAUUUUGAACAGGUAUACUGGGAUCUGCCUGGGGGUGAGAAUUCAACUUCGACCGUGAAGACUUCGGCUCUUCAUCUCGGCUUCGAAUACGCUUUUCACCACGCUGUGCAUCGACAAUUCGAGCUCUGCGAGAACCUCCAGCCGGACGUUUUAUCGGUGCUGGUAGUACUGUCGAGCCAUGAGUACUAA